CCGCCCAAAUGUCAACUCUUGUCUGGCUGUUCGCGUCGUUCAUUGGACUUGAAUCCAAUCAGCAAGUCUUUCCGAUCCUGUCAGCCGACUCAAGAGAUCAGCUAGUAUCAUGGACUCGUCGCACCUCAACUGGUUGAUCAUACGCGAUCACCAUGCGUACCUGAUGAAGCAGAAGAACAUCCGGAAGCCGUUCAGCACGGAGCCCGGCAACCUGACCAACUUGAGCUCGUACCGUUACAGUGGGCUGGUCCACAAGAAGACCAUCACCAUUACGCCGGCUGAGAAGAAGGGUAUCAACUUCGUGUACAAGCGUGCUAAGAAGGCUCACAAGCCGGCCAAGACGCAGGUGAAAGUGACACUGAAGCAGGGACCGCGCCGUACGCUGAAGAAGAUUUCCAACAUCAUCAAGGCUAACAAAUACCGAUCGGACCUGCGACAGGCUGCGCUACGCCGUGCCAGUGCGAUCCUUCGCUCGCAGCGACCCAUCAAGCCCAAGAAGGGUAAGGCAGGAGCUGCUCCGGCCGCCACUGCCGCGUCCGCCGGUACUACCGCUGCGGCACCUAAGAAGGCCGAGUAAGCACUAGGGCGAACUCUUGUUCUGUAAGGGCAUUGGGAGACGUCCACACUGUGAAAUGAUUAAAAUAAAAAACAACUAAAAAAAA